UCCCAGUCUCACGGUUUCUCCUCACAAAAUUGUGAACCGGUUAAUAGAUCAGAAAUAGUUAAGAAGCAAACGAAAUUGAUUUGCCUCGUAUUUGUUCAGUCUCUCUGCGCAUUUUUUAUGGAUAUCCCGCUGCUUUAUUGGUGUUCUGCGAUCCUCAUUAUACCCUUAACAUUAUUCUUUUUGCAAUGCAAGAGGAAGAAGGCUUCAGCUCUCCCUCUUCAACCACCACCUGGACCUACUGCUUGGCAUAUUCUAGCAAACUUAUUUCAGCUGGCCAAAAGGCCUCAUGAGUAUCUCUAUGAGCUCUCUCUGAAAUACGGACCACUCAUGAGUUUUCGUCUGGGCAUGAAAAGAAUAGUGGUGGUCUCGUCUCCUGCCAUGGCGAGGGAGGUUCUCAAAACCCAUGACCACAUCUUCGUUGGACGGACCGUCGUAGAAACAGCUAAAGUGUUUUCCCACCACAAGUCGUCCUUACUGUGGGGUGAGUAUGGACCUCACUGGCGGUUUCUCAGACGAAUUGUAACUGUUGAACUUUUCAGCCCACAAAGACUAGAAAGUCAAAAGAAUCUCAGAGGAGAUCAGGUAGUUCACACGGUUCGGCAAAUUUUUCAAAGCAGGGGAAAGGCAGUUAACAUUGAGCAUUUGGUGUUUUGCAACACUAUGAAUGUGUUAGGCAAAAUGAUAUUCACUACAAAUUUGUUAGAUCCAGACAAUCCAGCCUCUGUGGGAUUGAAGGAUACCAUGUGGAAAAUCGUGAAGCUUGCCGGAGCGCCCAAUUUGUCCGACUUUUAUCCCCUUGUUAGGUUUGUGGAUCCCCAGGGUGUGUCCCGUCAGAUGGCAAAGCAUUUGAAGAGGUUAUAUGACUUUAUGGAUUUGUUCAUACAGGAUAGGAUUUCCACCAAAAACAUAAAGCGUCAGCAGAAAGACUCCUAUAACGAUUUUCUCGACGUUCUGCUUGAGGCCAGGACCGAGGAUUUCACACUCUAUGAUGUUAAAGCCUUGAUUUCUGAAGUAUUUCUUGGCGCUACUGAUUCUACCACCACUACGAUCGAAUGGGUAAUGGCAGAACUCAUUCGCAAUCCGCAGAAAAUGAAACGAGUACAAGAAGAAUUGGAUGACGUAGCUGGUCUGGAGCCAAAAGUGGAAGGAUACGAUAUAGAUCGGUUGCCGUAUCUAGAUGCGGUGGUGAAAGAAACAUUCCGAUUGCACCCGGCGCUUCCUCUGCUUUUCCCCCACACAGCUGAGAGAGAUUGUGAGAUUGAGGGAUAUAUGAUACAUAAAGACGCUCAGGUGUUCGUGAAUAUGUGGGCAAUAGGAAGGGACCAUACAAUCUGGAAGGAGCCCUUUGAAUUUAUGCCGGAGAGGUUUUUGGAAGAAAAGAAUAGAGAGAUAGACUACAAGGGACACAAUUCUGAGUUGAUUCCGUUUGGAGCUGGACGAAGACAAUGCGUGGGGCAUCCUUUCGGGAUACGUAUGGUUCAUCUGGUCUUGGCUUCUUUUCUUCAUUCAUUUGACUGGACACUUCCAAUUCGCGAGCAGAUAGACAUGAGGGAUGAGUUUGGACAAAUGUUAAAGAAAGUUGUACAGUUGACUGCGGUCCCCAAACCGCGUCUCCCACACCACGUAUACUAAGAGUCGGGAGAGUGAAGAUAAGUUCGAUAUGUUCAAGAUUAGAAUGAUGCAUUGGAGAUUACUUUGUUGGAGAUCAAGGUUGUGAGCGGUCAGGAGAGUGAAGAUAAGUUCGAUAUGUUCAAGAUUAGAAUAAUGCGCUGAAGAUUACUUUGUUGGAGAUCAAGGCUGUGAUGGAAACUAUUAAGAAUGUGUAUUCUAUCUUGUUAAUAAAAUAACAGUUUGGAAACUGUUAUUUUAGAAACUGCUGUCUACAUAGUAGAAAAACUGUUAUUAGUUUUUAGUUUCUAAUCAUGUUUGGUAGGCUUUAGCAAUCUAUAAAUGUAAUCACUAU